CGUAAAAAACAAGCAGAGGCUGAAACUGAAACUGAAACAGAAACACAAAGCAGCAAACGAGAUCGGAAACACAUCACUGCCAAAAACAAAAACAAUAGCGAAAACAACAAACAUGCCUAGAUCUUCAUCAUCRCCAUCCCUCUCGACAAGGAAAAGUUUCCCAGAUGCUUUCGUUCGCUUGGUGCCCUGCCUUUUGGUCGUCCUAGCUUCCAAAAUUGCCAGCGCCCAGGAAGGGAGCAGUACAUCCUGCAUGGACAAGGGCGCGUCUUCCUGCAUGGAAUGUCUCACGGACGAAAACGUUAUCGGAAGCAGCACCUGCGGGUGGGCCCCCGGCUUCGGUUGCCUCGACUCGUGCAACAUCAUUGCCGACAUUAGCUGCUUCGAAGCGGGGAAUUCCCCGGAUUUGACCCGCGGACCGGAUGUGGUCUGUGCGAUGGCAGACGAGUCCAUCGCGGACRACGAACUCUGUAGUAGCAAAACCGACUGCGGAUCCUGCGUCUCCACCGUUCGUGCCAACGGGGUCGACACCUGCCACUGGUUCGGCUCGGAGCUCGGUAUGGACGCCUCAUCGGCACACUGUGGGCCCGAUCCUUGCACCAUGCUCGGGUGCGGAUCGGCGGUGUGCGAUGCCGCCACCGCCACAGAGCCYGAGGACAGCAACGACAACACCGUCGCCGUGGAAGACGACAUUCAGGAAGCGAGCGGGAGCGCAGCAGAACCGACGGUGCCAGCCGAGAACACCCUUUCGGAAGCAAAUUCGGGACUUGCUUCACCGUCGGCUCCCUCAUCUUUGGAAACGACCGGACGGCUGCUCAUGGCAGCCACUUGGUGCCUACAGCUGCUGCUAGUAUUGGUAGCUUAGGUAUCUGAUCAGGUGUAUUCUGUGCUCCGUCGUUCAAAGGCUAAGAAACCAUACCGCAUUAC